AUGAAGCAAUUUCAAGGUAGAAGUGGAAAAGCAUAUUUAUUUGCAUCAGUUGUAAAUGUUUGUUUAGGUGAUCCAGAGGAUAGAAUUUUUAAUUCUGGAGAAUAUAAUGUUAGAGAUGUAAUAUGUCUGUCUUGUCUUUCAGUAAUCGGUUGGAGAUAUGAAAAAAGUUAUGAAGAUACCCAGACUUAUAAAGAAGGAAAAUAUAUUGUAGAAAAAGCCAGAAUAAAUAAACUAUGUAAAUAA